AUGGCUAACUUCUUCCAUGCUUCUUCAUUUUCUCAUCCCUUGCUGCUACUGGUUCUUCUUAUUGUUGCACUAAGCAAUAGUUGUGAUGCUGUUGGAGAAGAUAGAAAGGUCUAUAUUGUGUACAUGGGUGCACUUUCUAAAGGUGAAGAAUAUUCACUUACAUCUCAGCACCUUAGCAUGCUAGAGGAAGUCCUUGAGGAUAGCCAUAUAACCGAUAACUUUGUGCGAAGCUAUCAAAGAAGUUUUAAUGGAUUUGCAGUAAAACUCAAUGAACAAGAGAAACAAAAGCUUGCCAGCAAAGAAGGUGUAGUAUCUGUUUUCCCUAGUAAGACUCUCCAACUUCACACAACUAGGUCGUGGGACUUCAUCGGUUUGUCCACGGCUAUCAAAAGAAUACCCACGGCUGAGAGUGAUGUGAUUGUUGGUGUUCUUGAUGGUGGAAUAUGGCCAGAAUCUGAAAGUUUUAGUGACGAAGGAUUUGGCCCUCCUCCUAAGAAAUGGAAGGGUGCUUGUAAAGGCGGCAAUAAUUUUACAUGCAACAACAAGAUCAUUGGUGCGAGAUUUUACUCUAAUGAAAGUGAUUCAGUGAGGGAUACAGAUGGACAUGGGACACAUACUGCCUCCACAAUUGCCGGUAACUUAGUAUCUAAUGCGAGCUUUUAUGGAAUAGCCCAAGGGAAUGCACGGGGAGGUGUACCAUCAGCAAGGAUUGCAGCUUACAAUGUUUGUGGUUCAAAGGGUUGCGCUGAAAGUGAUGUCCUUGCUGCUUUUGAUGAUGCCAUUGCGGAUGGAGUAGAUAUCAUCUCGAUCUCAAUAGGAACCUCCAUUGCGGGUGAUUUUGAUAUAGAAGCUAUAGCAAUCGGGGCAUUCCAUGCCAUGCAAAAAGGCAUCCUCACAUCACAAUCUGCUGGAAAUAGUGGUCCAGAUACGCAAACAAUCAUAAGCAUUGCACCUUGGAUACUAUCUGUUGCGGCAAGCACUAUAGACCGCCAUAUCAUUGAUAAGGUUGUCCUAGGAGAUGGAAAAGUCCUUAAGGGUAAUUCCAUAAAUUCUUUUACUGGAACAUACCAUCCAUUGGCAUAUGGAAAAGAAGUACUUAAUCCAGCAGAAUGUAAUGAAUCAUGGGCUGGACUUUGUUUACAACGCUGCUUAGAUAGUGAUUUGGUGAAGGGAAAGGUUUUGCUGUGUGAUCAGUUAAGUAUGGGAGAAGCAGCAAAGAAAACUGGAGCUCUAGGGGUAUUAAUGUCAGAGGAUAAACAUUUUGACUAUUCUUCUCCAUAUCCUUUACCUGCAAUACAAAUAAAAAAACAGGCUGCAGAGGAGGUCAAGUCGUACAUGAAUUCCACAAAAAACCCUACAGCAAAUAUCUUGAAGAGUGAGGCAGAAAAUGAUUCAUCUGCCCCAACUGUUGUUUCAUUCUCUUCCCGUGGACCAAAUCCCAUUACACCAGAUAUUCUCAAGCCAGAUAUAAGUGCCCCGGGGGUAAAUAUCUUGGCCGCAUUUUCACCUUUAGGUUCAGUUUCCUUUCUUGAUGAAAGGAAAGUGAAGUUCAAUAUAUUAUCUGGGACCUCCAUGGCGUGCCCUCAUGCUACCGCUGCUGCCGCUUAUGUUAAAUCUUUUCAUCCCAAUUGGUCACCUUCUGCCAUCAAAUCUGCACUCAUGACCACUGCCUGGCCAAUGAAUGCCACCAGGAACCCGGAUGCUGAAUUUGCUUAUGGUGCUGGCCAUAUCAAUCCGGUGAAAGCUAUAAAUCCCGGUCUGGUAUACGAAAUCCUAAAUGAUGACUACAUCAAAUUCCUUUGCAAUAUAGGCUGGGAUACCAAGAGGGUUAGAAGUAUAUCAGGAGAUAAUAGUAGUUGUCCUCAAGGCACUAAAGGAACGCCGUUGGAUCUCAAUUAUCCAUCAAUGACAGCUUAUGUUCAACAAAAAGAUAAGCCUUUUGCAAUUAAUUUUACUAGGACAGUUAAGAAUGUUGGCUCAGAAAACUCCAUAUACAAGACAUCAGUCAUCAUCACUUCCCAUUCUAACAUUACAAUUAGUGUUAAGCCUAGUGUUCUUUCUUUCAAAUCGUUGAACGAGGAUAAAUCAUUUGUCGUGACUGUUUCUGGAAGUAAAUUGAACCCAAAGACGUCUAUGGCAUCUGCAUCACUGGAGUGGUCCGAUGGCACUCAUACUGUGAGAAGUCCGAUUGUUGUGCACUCUGCUCUUAUAUAGUUAUUUGUAUCGAGGUCUGAUUCAUGAUAGAAGCAUGUAAAUCAGAUCAGAUGAAAUGUAGAAUAUGCUUGGAUAAAAAGUCAGCGUUUGGUUUGCAUUCUCGGAAUGCAUUCUCAACCUAUAAUGAGAAUGCCAUUUUUAGCACCUUUAAG